AUAACUCCCUGUUUAUUAACAGUACGAUUUUCUGACCAAACCUUUCCAAUUAAACAAAGCUCCGGCGAUUUUGGUUGUUGAUUUCGGAUAGAUUCCAUAACAGAAAUAUGAAGACAAACAAGAAAGAUACUGAUUUACUAUUAAUAGAGAUGAAAAUACCUUGAUCAGCACAGCGGCACGGGCUCGUGGAAGAGAGAAACCACCGACUCGCGGGAGGAAGCACCGACUCAGCGAUGAGUAUAGGUUGUGUUUAGCUCUGAGUAACAGAAGAGAGUAAGUUGUGCUGCCGCUGGUGACUCACUUUCUCCUCUAUAUAAACAAACACGCUGUUUGUUAGCAAUGUGUUUACACAAUUCUUGUGAAAAGAUAUUAAAACACGAAGCGUAUCUUGAUUAAGUUGUUAUCAGAUACUUUUAUAUCUUCAUCUAUGCAAUUGACACGUCAUCGAUUUCGUUUACGAAUUAAGAUGAUUUUGAUGCAUUGCGAGCGUUUUGCUUGAUUUAGUUGCGUUUAGUGAUUUAACCGCUUGAUUUUGAGUUUAUGUAGUGUUUGUUGUUGUAAUUGUGGUGUGAUUGUGAUAUUGUGAGGGUUUUGUGGACUAAUUUGCUUGUAUUUGUGAUUUUGUGUUUGGUUAGGGUUUUUUGGACGUAAUUGAUUUUGAUUUCGUUUACGAAUUAAGAUGAUUUUGAUGCAUUGCGAGGAUUUCGAUGUAAAUUAUAGAUUUAUAGUUGAAAAUUUUGCAAGUGUUGUUUGGUGGGGGUUGUCUGUUCUUAGUUCAAGAAUCUGUUGGAAAUCUGGAUUUGUGUGUGUGUGUGUGUGUGUGUGAGGGGAGAUGAUUAGGAUUUAGUUGAGGAUUUUGAUGCAUGAUUGUGGCAUGUGUCGGUUAGUUGGUGGUCCAUUUAAGAGUAGUUCAGGUUGUAUGUAGAAAUGGCUUCCUCAAGUGGUUCGGAAGGUGUUGUUCACGGAGGAAAGUUGCUGGUUCAUGUAGCUGAGAAUGGACAUUCAUUUGAGCUUGAUUGUGAUGAUUGUACUCUUGUCGAGGAUAUCCAGCGGUACCUAGAAUCGGUUUCUGGAGUCCACUUAAAUGAUCAGCUUCUGUUGUGUAUGGAUGUGAAGCUGGAUUCACCAUGCCAGCUUUCGGUGUAUGGACUUCCAUCUGAUGGCCGAGAAGUUUAUAUGUUUAAUAAGAGUAGGAUGCGAAGUAACACACCAGCUCCUGCACUGGAGCGAGUUGAAAAUUUUAAAACUCCAGACCUGCCAUUGCCGACCUCGUCCCACAAUCCGCACCCAUUGGAUAAUGCUUCUGACCCUGCUCUUAAGGCGUUGGCUUCGUAUGAGAGACAGUUCAGGUACCAUUACCAGCUUGGGCAAGCAAUUUAUGAACGUACUUUGUUGAAAUACGAGACAUGUGAUAGGUUUUUGAGAGAACAGAAAGUACAAGAGAAGGCACUGGAGAUUGCUCGUGGUAAUCUCUAUCAUAUCUACAGGAUGAUAUUGCAAAACUAUACUGACUUUGCGAAGCAUUAUGCUAUGCAACAUCGGAGCCAUUCUGGUCUUCUGGUAAAAUUCGGGAAGGAUGUAGAGAAACUGAGGUCCUGCAAACUUAUCCCUGCUUUACAAACGGGAAAUCGCAAGUGCUUGCUAGACUUUGUGAAAGAAGAGAACCUAAGAAAGACAGUGGAGGAUUGUAGCAACUCCCACAGGCAAUUCGAGAAUAAGGUAUCUGAACUGAGUCAGGAGUUUAGAGAGCUUAAGCACAGCACUGAGCACUUGUUUUCUAGCAACACUUCAAUACUUACAGACCUGGAACUUAAAAUCAAGGAACGCCAGAAAUUUAUCACUGAGCAGAAAAGCAUAAUGCAGACUUUAAGCAAAGAUGUCAGUACGGUGAAGAAAAUUGUGGAUGACUGUCUAAGCAGUCAAUUGUCAUCUUCUCUCCUUCCUCACGAUGCAGUUUCAGCUCUAGGUCCCAUAUAUGAUGGCCAUGAUAAGAGUUACCUCCCCAAGAUGCAGGAUUGUGAGCGAUCAAUAUCCAAUCUGCUUGAUUACUGCAGGAACAAAAAGGAUGACAUGAAUAUGUUCGUGCAGAAUUACAUGCAAAAGAUAGCUGAGAUUCAGCUCAACAUCAAAGACAUGCGUUACACAUUUUCUGUUUUCUCCGAGGCAAUGUAUCGCCAGAGUGAACAAUUUGAGCAUCUAAAGGUGAUCCAUGGCACUGGACCUGCAUACAGAGCUUGCCUCGCAGAGAUAGUAAGACGAAAGGCUUCGAUGAAGCUCUACAUGGGUAUGGCUGGACAGUUGGCUGAAUGGCUUGCAACAAAGAGGGAAGAUGAAGUCCGUAAAAGAGAGGAGUUUCUGAAAGUACAUAGUUCCUUUAUACCUAGGGAUAUAUUAGCAUCUAUGGGAUUAUAUGAUACUCCUAACCAAUGUGAUGUCAAUAUAGCUCCUUUUGAUACUAAUUUACUGGAUAUUGACAUAUCAGACAUAGAACGCUAUGCCCCUAAAUAUUUGGUCGGAUUGUCUACCAAGAGUGAGAAGCAUGGAAGUUUGAAGGGUUCCUUUUCCUCAUCUCAUGAUAAUUUCGCAUCAGAAGUCGAAGAGAGUUCUUUGGAUGCUACUGAUAGGUAUAGUUCUGACGAGAUCCUUGAGGCUUCUGAGCUGGUAGAGAUUGUUGGAACUAGCAAGAUGGAAGUGGAGAAUGCAAAGCUAAAAGCUGAACUUGCUUCUGCAAUAGCUCUAAUUUGUUCAUAUUGCUCUGACUUUGAAUACGGAUCACUUGAUGACAGCAAAGUAGAAAGCCUACUAAACGAUGCCGCAGAGAAGACUGCUGAAGCCUUGCAUUUGAAAGAUGAAUAUGGAAAACACUUGAUCUCUAUGCUAAAGAAUAAGCAAGUGCAAUGCUAAUUAUAUGAGAAAAGGAUACAGGACCUGGAGCAGAGAUUGUCCGAUCAGUAUGUUUUGCAGGAGCACAAAUUCGCAGUUGAUAAAAAUGCAUCAACCUUUGUGCUUUCCACUGAUAAGGCUGGUAAUAAGCCAGAAGUAUCAGGCGAAGGAGAAGCUCUCAUGGCAUCAGUAGCUAUGGAUGACCUUUUCUCUUCCUCCAGUUCAGAACAUGUCAAACCGGGAGUUCUUGAUAAACAUACGAAUCCCUGUGAAGGUUUGGAUGAGAAUAUGACAGAUUCAUCUGGAAUUUUAAAUCCUCAACUAGAUUCAUCUAUGGUGGAGCAUAAUCACGGCUAUCUGCAUUCCCACGAGAAUGACUACAAGGAAACAAUGUUGGCAGACAUGGGAAUGGGAAUAGCAACCAGUUCAACAGGUAAUAGCAUGUCCCAGCCUCGUAAUACCGUACUUUCUGCUGUUAAUGGUGAUCCAAAUUUAGAUUCUAAAAUAAGUGGUGAACUUGUGCUAGAGUUGCAACAUGCACUUACAGAGAACCCCAUUACACUAGAUGAGAAUAAAGCCAAACUUGCCAACCUGAUGGAGGAUAUUUUGAAGCUCGAAAGGAAACUGGAAAUUAAUAGGAAGAUUCUAGAUGCAUCUCAGAUGAAUUGUGCACACUUGGAGAAUUGUCUGCAUGAAGCAAGAGAGGAAGCCCAAACCCAUCUCUUUGCAGCUAAGAGGAGGGCAUCUGAGAAUAGUGCACUGCGGGCCUCUGCUGUCAAAAUGUGCAGCCUUUUUGAAAGACUCAAAACAUGUGUGUCUUCUGGAAGCAUUGCUGCUAUAGCGGAGUCAUUGCUUGGUUUAUCUCAAUCUUUGGCUAACUCCGCUGGUGACGAGGAGCAUGGUGAUUCUACAGGGCUUCUGAAAUGCAUUCACGUGCUUGCUGAUAGAGUUGGUGAUUUGUCGAAGCACCGAGCAGAUCUACUUGAUAGGUACUCGAAGGCUGAAGCUGCAAAUGAUCAGCUCACCAAGGAGUUGGAAAAGAAGACAGAGUUGAUCAACACCCUGUACAUGGAGCAUCAAUCGAAUGAACAGGCAAACGAGGAUAAGAUAUCCUUUGACCGGCUGGAAGUCCAUGAGGUAGCUGCAUUCAUACUCAACCCUGCUGGGCAUUACGAGGCUAUUGAAAGGAACUGCCAUCACUACUACCUGUCCACUGAAUCUAUUGCUUUGUUCACUGAUCAUCUUCCACAACGCCCUAGCUAUAUAAUCGGGCAGAUUGUGCAUAUUGAACGACUGGAAGCUAGUCCAGUUCGGUUUGAGCAUAAUAACAGGGUUCAGGUCCUGACAACUGACACCGGAACAAUGUCGGCCGCUAAUCCAUAUAAUCUUCCAAGUGGCUGUGAAUAUUUCAUAGUAACUGCAGCGAUGUUACCAGAGACCACCAUUCAUUCGCAGCCCACUUCCUGAUCUUGCGAAAGUCUGAUACUUUGACAUGAUGGAAGAAACCAAGUGUACAUGCCUGUGUUGUUAACUGAAGUUACAAAUUGUUCUUGGUGGGAAUCUUUCUUAGGCUGAAGCUACAAAUUGUUCUUGCAAGGGAUUUUUUAUAAGCUGGUCUUCAUUUUGUACAGUUAACACGAUCGAGUUCAGUUUAAAUUCCCCUUCGUAAAUAUGUAAAUUCUCUGUCAUUCUUUCUUAAAGUACUCUGUAAGAUCUCAACAGUGAGGAGUUGUAUAUCCAUUUUUCUAGAAGCCAUGGCUUCUGAAAUUGUUGAAUGAUGAAUUUGGACGUUUACUCGUAAUCCAGGCAAAUGUAGCUGAUGUUUUAGGCAGA